AGAUCUCCAAACCUCCCAAGUUGAAAUCUUGAUGCGAUUUAAUGGCUUGUCUUCUGGUUUUGAACAUUGGUAACGUAUCAAGUUGACUUUUUGACGUUGAUUCUGAACUUCCAUGGCUGCCAAAAGCACCACCAUUUGAUCUGGAACUUGGUACAUGUAUCUGCUCGGAGAGAAGAUAUGGUGCCAAAAGGAGACGGAUUCGUACAUGCACGGACGGAUUCAUCCCGCCAUGUCUGCCUCACCAGCCUACUGACCUGAAUUUAUUUCCCUGCCCCUCGCCUUCUGCUCUCCCCUUGCAGCUUGCCGCUCCUCGCUUCCGAGACCUGCUCCUUCGUCCGCUCGCCCCUCCGAGACAAUAUCCGCCAUUGCCGACGACGCCGCCGUGUCGGUCAUAGCUGACGCCGCCGCCAUGGAAGCCGUCGCUGAUGAUGCCGCCAUGGACGCCGUCCAAAGGCGCCUUAUGUUCGAGGAUGAAUGCAUUUUGGUGGAUGAGCAAGACAACGUCGUUGGACAUGAAUCUAAAUAUAACUGCCAUCUGAUGGAAAAUAUUGAGUCUCAGAAUGUGCUCCAUAGGGCUUUUAGUGUUUUUCUCUUCAACUCAAAGUAUGAGUUGCUACUUCAGCAAAGGUCUGCAACAAAAGUAACAUUUCCAUUGGUGUGGACAAACACCUGCUGCAGUCAUCCUCUUUAUCGGGAAUCCGAACUUGUCGAGGAGAACUUCUUAGGGGUCAGAAACGCUGCACAAAGGAAGCUAUUCGAUGAACUCGGAAUACCCGCGGAAGACUUGCCUGUCGAUCGAUUCACUCCUGUCGGUCGCAUGCUCUACAAGGCGCCAUCUGAUGGAAAAUGGGGGGAGCACGAGUUGGAUUACCUGGUCUUUGUGGUUGCUGAUGUGAAGCUGCUUCCCAACCCGGACGAAGUCGCGGAUGUCAAGUACGUCAACAGGGAGCAGCUGAAGGAGCUGCUGGAGAAAGCAGAUGCCAGCGAGGAGGGUGUUAAGCUUUCUCCCUGGUUUAGGCUGGUGGUCGAUAACUUUCUGAUGAAGUGGUGGGACUGCGUGGAGAGCGGCACUCUGCCGGAGGUAGCAGACAUGAAGACCAUUCAUAAACUGGUUUAGGAAUUGUUGGACGAUGUGAUGAUCCUGCGGAAACUGAGGGAACUCUGAUAAAAAAUAGUGUUGACC